GGGAUUGCUUUUCUGCGGAGCAGCGUGGAGAGAGGAAGGAGCAGAUCAAGGCUCUCAUUCAGUUCGAAAAUACAACUAAGAAACGCAAAUACAACAACAUGCCUUGUCGAAAAGAGAACUAUAUUCUUUUGGAGCAGUCGGUUACCGUCGAUUCGAAAGAAGUGGACGCUUUGGUCACAAAAAUCGGCGAGGCGUUGCAGCUUCACAACAACAAUAGUGCUAAUCAAAAGACGAUGUCAUGUCUCCAUGGUCUCACAAGCAACGGCAGCAGUAGCAACGUCAAACAAGCUACCCACAACAAUGGCGUGGCACUGCAAAAGCGUACCGGGUGCUGCAUGCGUCUUAGAAACAUGGGACAACGUAGCAACAGAGCCAGUCCAUACAGUUUCCCUGGAUCAAGUAACCAGGAGUGGGACCAUUUCAAACCUUGGAACCGAAAGAUAAUCAACGCAGCUGUCGAGAACGACGACCCACAUCAGUUACUUCAGGAAUUAAUAUUGUCUGGGAAUCUAAUCAAAGAAGCCGUCAGGCGGUUGCAGUUUUCUACGGCGGAGUGUGGGGAGCAUUCGGGAAAUCUGCAAUGCUGAUGGGGGAAUGUUAUGAUUUAGAACUCGAUGUUAUGGACAAAACAAAAUAAAUGUGCCGACAUAAUACAGACUAUAAAUCGUUAGCAUGUCUAAUUUGCCACAUCCCUACCCAGGGUUUUCAUUUAGCCAGCGAGUUUUGUCCAUAUUGUUUAACGUUAUUUUUGAACCUUUCCUUUGAAUGAUGGUUCGUUUGUUUUAGUUGGGGACCCAUUUUAACUAACGUUAUUCGUUGGCUUAUUACCCUCAAGCCAGCUAUGUCAACCGUGAAAACAAGUGCAAACCAGAGCUUUAAUUUGACCUUGUUUACAAAUCCAACAAGCCGCCAGCAUUGCCUGUUUGUUUUGGUACGUUAGAUUUUUAACGACCCGACUCAAGGUCUUCUGUAGUUAGCAUGCUAUGCUAGCACCACCCUCAUGCUAUGAUGUUCAGACGUCCACGGCAGCUUUGUAUUUUCUUUACUCUUUAAAAACCGGAUGAACAACCAGCUGCCGAGCCAUGGAAGAUAUUCUGAGACUUCGGACAUUUCCAGUUGUUAAUGUGUCUCUUCGAACUGUCAACACGGUGAAUUAGAUAUUUUAUAAAUAAUGGGAAAGAGAUCAGCUAAUCCCACAGAACUUUAUGGUGCUUCACCUUUGAAUUCCAUUGGUGAAUUCUGAUUAUCUUUUUUUUCUCACUGUAUGUGUAAAGUGAUUUAACAUGACCGCUUCGCAACGAAGUAUUUUAUAAUGUUCCUGAGUAUUCAGGCCUUUUUGGUGUCUUACAAUAAACUAUUUUCUUUU